UUCCAGAAUUUAGUGGCGUGGUCUUUGACGGAAGAGCUUUUCACGAGAAGCAGAACAAUCAGAAAAUAUAAAUGUUAUAGGGAUUUGUAUUUUGAGUACAGUCUUUGAAAUAUCUUAUCGCGUGUAACCGAUGAGAUCAGAACGCGCAGACAGUUGACUGAAGCAGUGGAUGAAGUGAAAGUCUUGUCACCGUGACCAAGCAGCAGCAGCAGAAGAUGGACGGGAGUGUGACAGUCAUCACGAACCCCACCGUGUCCGUGCGGGUGACCAGCACCGUCAGUUCCUUCGAGGUGAACCGGAGAUUCAACCGGGGAAUAACGAUCGCAGAGUUUAAGAGUAAACUGGAGUUGAUUGUGGGCACUCCAGCUGGUUGUAUGGACCUAGAGCUGUUCAGCUCCUCAGACAAGUACCUACAGAAACUAGAUAACAAUGAAGCUCUGCUGGGCUCCUAUCAUGUGGAUGAUGACUGCAGAAUACAUGUGACAGACUGCAGCGGUACACAGAGCGGGGAAUUCACAGAUUUAUCAAAAGUGGAGAAAUUUGAGAUCUCUGAUGAAGCCUAUGAAAAAAGGGCAGAUUCAGUUCGGAACUUCAAGAAGAAUAUGAAGUUAGGUCGAUUUAAUGAAGAAGAGAGGGCCAAGCAAGAAGAGGCUGUCGCUAAGAAAGAGGAAGAGGAGAAGGUGGCCGCUGAGGUCAUCGCUGUUGGAAACCGCUGUAAAGUUCAAGUUCCUGGGCUGGCCACUAAGAUUGGCACUGUUAUGUAUGUUGGUACAGCAGAUUUCAAGCCAGGUUAUUGGGUAGGUGUGAAGUACGAUGAGCCUCUCGGGAAGAAUGAUGGCAGUGUGAAUGGGAAACGUUACUUUGAGUGCGAACCAAAAUAUGGUGCCUUCGUGAAGCCCCUCACAGUAACUGUAGGAGAUUUCCCAGAAGAAGACUAUGGUUUGGAUGAGAUGUGAGAUUCAGAAGCAGUCAGAACAGUUCUUCAAGGUGUUUGCAGUGAGACUUUGCUGAAGUAGAAGGGUUUUCUGUUGUCAUUGAAGAUCAUUUUGUUUUAUGCUGAUCUGGAAGAGAUCGGCAACAAUUAUACCUUAAUUUCCUUCAGUCAAACUCAAGAUAUGAUCUCAAACAUCAUCUGUGCCCUGACGACUGGAAGUAACUGGUAAGGCAAAUCUGUGAACAUCAGUCAAGGUCAGAGUAUAGAACCUAGUUGAACUCACUUGCAUGUUGAUUAUUGAAUUCCAAAGUUCUGCAGCUAAUUUGAGUCCAGGCUUAGUCAUCUUACUUCAAACAAAACCAACUAAACAAAAUGUUCUUUGCGUUUUUGCAAUUCUGUACACAAUGUAUUGUAUAGAGGUCUUAUUUGUACUAAUGAGUUCCUGCAUUUUUUUUUGCUUUCUUAUGCAUCAACAUGACUGUGUUUAGGGUCUCAGUCCCUUAUUGUCUUUGGCACUUUAGCAAUUAGCUGACAUAUGAGUGCAGUAAUGUAGAAUCCUGUGGCCUCAGUUUUUCUGUAUUUUCAGUGUAAAUUACAGAAGUGUGAUAAGAACUCUUGCUUUUUACAUUGGCAUGUAAAAAUGUUGAUGCAUGUCAAAUUCACUUUGAACAGAAUGGCCUCAUGCUUUUAUGGAAUUCUGUUUAGCAAAAUCUGUUUUGAAUAAAUCCAUGUGCCAACUUUGGACAUCAUGCA